UACACACAGAGAUAUUUCCAAGACUUUCUCACUCCAUAAUCACGCAGACAGGCAGAUAAACACACCACAGGAUGAAAAACCUCCUUCAGUGUCUGGCACUCUGUGCUGUGGUCUCCCUCUGCGUCUGCUAUGACUCUCGUGAAAGCACAGAAUCCAUUGAAGAUUUGUUUGUGCCGCCGAACCAAGCCAACUCAUUCUUCACGCCACAGAGGGGCAACGUAUACAACCCACCCAGAGGAAACGGCUUAAACUAUUACAACUUUAUGAGGAACAGAAAGUCUCCAGCAGAGAGACGUGCAGAGACCUGCGAGGACUACUCUCCCUGCCGCUUCUAUGCCUAUCACUACGGCUACCAGCUGGCCUACCAGAGAUACUUCGGGGCCCAAAAUCAACCCCAGAGACCAGUUGUGGCUCGUCGAUACUAAAACUUAAAGUAUCUGCCUGUCUAAUGCAAAAAUGAUCAUUCUCGUCUGGAUAUGACUGUGCAUUACCACAUUCCACAUAUCCUUACUUUUAUAUAUAAUUUAUAUUGUUGUUCUUAUGGCCUCCUCUUGAUGUGAUGUGACAAUCCUAGAAGACAACACAUUUUAUAAAUGCUGAAGCAUCCAGUGAGGCUCAAAUCUCCUAGCAACCCAUCAUUAUACACAUGUAGAAAUACAGGACACCAUCUCUUAUAUAAUCUUAGGAUCAAUUUUUUAUCCACUAUUGUAACACCUUGCCAGCAUUUAUGAGAUUUAUGUGAUGCGCUUCAAUGAAAAUGACUCUGUUUUGCACACUAUCCAUUCCUCAUUUCUUAUAUUAUCCUCCUAUCUGUGCAGACCAGCAAUACCAUCAGAGAUUAUUUCCAUUGCUUUGAAAAAAUAAAAAUAAAAUCCCCUUUAUUGGGUUUUG